UGGACGUGGCCGGAGCGCGCCUGCGCACAGGUGUCUGUGUCUGGCAAUGGCGGGAAGCGUGGCGCUGAGGUUAUUUUAUUUGUGUUCAGUUCUCCAGUGUGGCUCAUCAUGCAAUACUUGAAGCAAUUCUACCAGUCUUCGAACGCAAACUGUUUCAGAGGGAAGGGAGAUGCUUCCCCAGAGACAAAUACCAAUUAAACUCUGUUCUUUACAUACAAGAGUCAAUCCAGACACUCCAACUCCUUUUCUUUCUUGUGAAUGGGGAAAAUAUGGUAACCUACAGACUGUUCCUAACAGAAGAAAGAAAACCCUAACUACUCACAAAUGCUUCUUGUCAGAAUGAAAUUCCUACAGCUACUGUCCAGGAAACCUGGGAGACUGGAAAUGCUUUUUCAAAUACCUUUUUGCCAAAAGCAAUUCCCAUAUUUGUGUCUGGCUACCUCCACUUGUCUUUAUAGUAAGAAGAAAAAAGCGAACAGUUAUGAACAAGUUGACCAAGAAAAAUACAAGAACUUGGUCUACUCUGUUACAUCUUACAAAACCAGCGCCCAAACACCAGAGACAAUAUUUGAAGAAGACAAUUUGUUAUAUGGGCCACCGGAUAAACACAGACCUCCAGUUAAAGCUGAAACAAAAACUCCCAAGAACUGGGUUCCUUUAAUAAACCCCAACAAGAGAAUUCCCCUUCUCAACAGUGAUUCAAACCUCCCCAUGAAAAUCUCUUUACAAAAAACAAAAAUGCCCAGUGUUACCCGUGUUCUUCAACAGACUAUGUCUCCACAGCAAGCCUUUUAUCUAGAAAGAUGGAAGCAGAAAAUGAUACUGGAACUUGGAAAAGAUGGUUUUGCGGAGUAUACUAAAAAUCUUUUCCUCCAAGGAGAGCUCUUUCAUGCAGCUUUGGAAUCUAUAUUCCUGUCUGAAGAUAUGGCAGCUAAGGAGCAGGGAGAAGAUGUUGCUAUUUCCGGCUACUUAUCAAGUGUGCAACAUGUCUUAAAAGAUAUCAGCGAAGUGAAAGCUCUGGAAAGUGCCGUUCAUCAUGAGACUCUUCAGUAUCUGGGCCUGGUAGACUGCGUGGCUAAGUAUCGAGGCCAGUUGUGUGUGAUUGACUGGAAAACUUCAGAGAAACCAAAACCAUCUCUGAAGAAUACUUUUGACAACCCACUACAGGUUGCAGCGUAUAUUGGAGCCAUAAAUCAUGAUGCCAAUUAUGACUUCCAGGUUAGCUGUGGACUCAUUGUGGUUGCCUAUAAGAAUGGCUUCCCUGCCCAUCCGCAUUUCAUGGAUCCUGAUCUGUGUUCACAGUACUGGAAUAAGUGGCUUUUGCGCCUUGAAGAGUACACGGACAGAAACUGACCCAAGAAGCAAGUGGUCUGAGCACAGAGCCAAAGCAAGAAUCCUUUGUUUUAAUCUUCCAUUUGAAUACAUACUCUUUUUCAAGUAACUUUGGCUAAUUUCUUAAUAUCAAAGUUUUCCCUUCGCCCUCAAAAAAAGAAAGAAAAAUUGGAGUGGGGAAUGUGUAUUUGCUUAUGUUGUAGGUGACUUAAAUAGACCUGGCCAGACAAAGUUGACUGACUUAGUCUCUGUUUUUCCCCACAGAGUUUGUACAACCUGAGGUUGAUAGGAAAGUUUCCUUUAUCAAGUAAAACUGUUCAAUCAAAUCAUCCUUCUUUUGUCAUUUUUGAGAAAAAAAAAAACGUUGCAGAACUGAGACUUUGAAAAUGAAGUUGGUGAACUAAAGCAAAAGGACAUUUGCAUUGUCUGAGCUGAGAGAAAUGCAAACGAUAAACAAAUGAGUAUAGUAGACUGGGUUUCAGUCAGCUUAGUUCUUGCUCAUCUCAAAGGUAUCUGUUAACGGGCUUGUUACUAUUUGUGGUUUUUCUUACAGCAACAACUGGAAAAACUGCACUAAAAAUUGUAACCAAAGUUCUCAUAAGCACUUAUUUAAAAUACGAAGACAAAGCGAUCGUUUAAGAGAAGUGGCUUUAACAGAAGAGGAGCUGAAUCGUAACUGAUACACUUAGAAAUUUCCAGCAAGCAUUCUGAAAAGUUGGGGAAAUUUAACUACUACUAGUGGCUCCUCCUGCAGGUUUCUUAACAGGCUGCAUGGCCUGCGCAAAAGAACUGUGAGUGUGAACAGGCUUUGAACCUUGGGAUGUGAAGCUCUGAGCGGGCCAUGUCUGCAGCUGUCCUCAGCUCUCCUGACUUGUCUGUGAGUCUGAACCGACAAGGAGGCCAUCCGCGUGGAACCACCUCCAGUGUCAGGUUAUUGCCAGUGCGAGUAAGUUUCUUUCUAUAAAGCGGCUUGUGACUUUGAAGCUGGGCCUUCUGAGGAGUGAAGAGCUGCUGGUUGGGUUUUUGGGGGGUUGUUUUUUGUGUUUGGUUAUAUUUUUCUAUAAGUUUGUGUGUAAAUGUUCUAAAACAGAAGUUACUUUUGAAGCUUGUUUCAUAAAAUCAAGUCUAUAAGACACAGAAUAAGCUGUGAUGAUGUCAGGUGAUAUUGCUUUGUGUAUUGCACACCUGGAGACCUUUUUUCCUCAUCUUCUUUGUUUUAAUCUGAAUUGUAUGUAUAAGUUUUCAUAACACCACUGCAGAUUACAAAUAAAAAUAGAACCCAACCUGUAAGCUUCAAGAAAA